AUGACCUUCCUCAUGUGCCCUUUGUGCACAAUUAUUGCCCCUCCCCCCACUUCACGGAGGCAAAAGUCUGCAGUGACUUCUCAGCCUUAUCAGAACCUGGACUCCCCUCUCACGUUAAAGACUGGUCCCGAGAAAUCAGAGAAAUUCCACUUCGUCAGAAUUAUGAAGGAAAAAACAGAAUCCACCGAGCAUUUGUUGGGUGAUGAUGGCGAGGAAGUGACGCCUAAAUACUCUCCUCGCACAGGCUCAAUGGGAUCGAGAGUGGCGACUUUCUCAUCCAUUUUGUCACUUAUCCUCUUAUCAUAUAUCAGUAUCACCCUGACGAUUGAUAUUGCAAAGAGACAGAGCUCUACAGACAAUGACUUGCCAUAUUGUAAACUCACAUCUUCAUCAACCCGACCCAGUGAAGAAAUCACAGUAUUAACCUUCUCAACAGCCCCUGCAAACUCCGUCAUCAGAUAUGAGAGAAGGAGUGUUUGGGGUGGACACACAAAAUACUCUGGUCCUCCAUCCGCGGAAGUUGACGAUGCUUGGGAAGAAUUACUUGAGGGUAAGUACCUCUCCUUAUCCAUCGUCCACAAGACUAGAAACUAUCGGAAUCUAACAACACUUAAAAACUUUGUAGGACUGAACGUUCGCGGAACCAAAGAAGAGCUCACGCUCGCAGGCGCGAACCAAACAAAUAUCGUUCAACUCGCCGAUAAAACCGGAUAUCCCGUCGUCCCACUCGUGUAUCAUCAUAUCCACUGCCUCGACAGUCUUCGAAAAUUACAUUACAUCGAGUACUUUAGGAAUUUGGGGUACGAUACAACAGUGACAGAGGAACACUUUGGUACGUAGCACUUUCUUAGACCCUAAGCUGAAUUUAGUGGUUAUGGCUGGAGAAAGGUGUUGAAGUGAAGCUAACAUAUUGUAGAACAUUGCUUAGAGACUCUGAGGAAGCAAGUAAUGUGUCACGCAGACCUGGCACUUUUGAAUGCUGAAUGGGUGAAGCCAUCUGAUGAGGAGAACCAUAUUGAGUUAAGGACUAAUACGGAGUCUAAGUGUGUGAAUUGGGAUUCCAUUCAGUCAUGGGCUAUGGAGAGACAUCUUGUACAAGGAGGAUAUAAAGUUAUUGCUGGUCCUUUUGACAAGAAGAAACAUAAAGGUAAUGACAGAUAA